CGGACCGUGAGUUUGCGUCAGCGGUGCGUGGUGCUGACCCGGGAGUCCCCGCUGCCUGCCCUGUAAUGUUACUGUGGUAGGGGCCUGAAUCCCUGUUGACAGAGGUACCCACGGCUCGCUGUGCUGCGGGCAUCUGCCGUCCCCCCAACAUAGCCUCCCUGGUUCGCCUACCAUCCGUCCGGUCCAGUGCCCACCUCAUCCACGUCCACAACCAACAUCCCAAUUCUGCGUUCCGAACCGCCAUGGCCCGGUCCUCAUGAUUCAGGCAUCACGAAGACGACAACCACCGCCCUUAGGAUGCCGUCCACCAAGACCGCCAAUGGCGACAGCCAUUUCCCGCAGCGCCUGAAGAAUUUCUUCCGCAUCAACUCCGGCAGCCGCGACCGCGCCGACACGGCCGCCCAGGCCCACGGCGGCGCCGCCCGCACCGACUCCAAGACCGCCUUCCGCCAGACGAGGUUCUUCAGCGUCGGCCGCCUGCGCAGCGCUACCACCGCCAGCGAGGGCAACCCGCUCGACGAGACCCUCAGCCCGACCGCCCACGCGAACCCCUACUUCGCCCACCAGGGCCAGCCCGGCCUCCGCCAUCACAAUGAGGGCUCCGUGCCACCGAGCCCGCCCGACACUCCCGUGCUGAAGGUCGUCGGCCCCAACGGCGGCCCUCCCGAGAAGACCGCCGCGGGGACCAAGGAGGAGCUCGCGCGGAAGCUGAGGAGGGUGGCCAGCGCCCCGAAUGCCCAGGGUCUGUUCGCCAAGGGAGGCGGCCCUGACGGGGACCGGCCCGCCACCGCCGAGAUGGGCAAGGAGCCGCUGGAGCAGAGCGGCGACUCAAAUACGGUGGGCUUCGCUGACGGCGCCGGCGCCGGCGCCAACGGAGCGGCCUCCGGUUCUUCUCUCGCGCCGCCCGAGUCGGACAGCCUCGGCGCGCUGCCGCCGCCGAACCCGACGCCGCUCGCCUUCCGCAGGACGUACAGCUCAAAUUCCAUCAAGGUCCGGAACGUCGAGGUCGGCCCGCAGAGCUUCGACAAGAUCAAGCUGAUCGGCAAGGGGGACGUGGGCAAGGUGUACCUGGUGAGGGAAAAGAAGAGCAACAGGUUGUAUGCCAUGAAGGUGCUGAGCAAAAAGGAGAUGAUCAAGCGGAACAAGAUCAAGAGGGCGCUGGCAGAGCAGGAGAUCCUGGCCACGAGCAACCACCCGUUCAUCGUCACGCUCUAUCACUCGUUCCAAUCGGAGGACUACCUCUACCUGUGCAUGGAGUACUGCAGCGGCGGCGAGUUCUUCAGGGCGUUGCAGACCCGUCCCGGAAAGUGCAUAUCCGAGGACGACGCCCGGUUCUACGCGGCCGAGGUGACGGCGGCGUUGGAGUAUCUGCACCUCAUGGGCUUUAUCUACCGGGAUUUGAAACCAGAAAAUAUCCUGCUGCAUCAGUCCGGCCACAUCAUGCUCUCAGAUUUCGACCUCUCAAAGCAGUCGGAUCCGGGCGGAAAGCCCACUAUGAUCAUCGGUAAGAACGGCACCAGCCCGAACUCGCUACCGACCAUCGACACCAAAUCGUGCAUCGCCAACUUCCGGACCAACUCGUUCGUCGGGACGGAGGAGUACAUCGCGCCCGAGGUGAUCAAGGGCAGCGGGCACACCAGCGCCGUCGACUGGUGGACGCUCGGCAUCCUGAUCUACGAGAUGCUGUACGGCACGACGCCGUUCAAGGGCAAGAACCGCAACGCGACGUUUGCCAACAUCCUGCGGGAGGACAUUCCGUUCCCAGACCACGCGGGCGCGCCGCAAAUAUCCAACCUCUGCAAAUCCCUCAUCCGCAAGCUCCUGAUCAAGGACGAGAACCGCCGGCUCGGCGCCCGCGCGGGCGCCUCCGACAUCAAGUCGCACCCCUUCUUCCGCACGACCCAGUGGGCGCUGAUCCGCCACAUGAAGCCGCCCAUCAUCCCGCACCAGGGCCGCGGCAUCGACACGGUCAACUUCCGCAACGUCAAGGAGAGCGAGAGCGUCGACAUCAGCGGCUCGCGGCCCAUGCACACCACCAAGAUGGUCGGCGUGCCCCUCGACAGCGGCCUCGCUACCCCCGGCGCCGCCGACGCGCCGGACCCGUUCGAGGAGUUCAACAGCGUCACGCUGCACCAUGACGGCGAUGACGAGCAGUAUGCCAGUGAGGGGUAUGAGUCGUAGGUGAGGAGAUUUUUGGGGGGGGAGGGGGGUUGCGAGACUUUUAGCGGGCUAGUGGUGUGCGAUGGAGCAAGACACCCUCUUUCCUUGAAACCUUCCAUGUGUGUGUGCGU